AAUUCCAGCGAGCAUCGGCAAGGGUUUCUCAGUUUCGAUUCGGUUGUUCCGCGGAACGUUUGUUCGGUCGAGUUCGGCGUGCGAAAGUUUCUUAUUUGCAGUGAAUCUUUAAACUUUUUUGUUUCCAUGCUGAGUUGUGUUUUUUUUUGUGUGAUUGCUUGUGUUCGUUAGUGAUUGAAGUGAAGAGUAAUAAAAACUGCUGACUUUUCCGCUGGCGCAGGUGUAAUAAAAAACUACUGCUCGUUAGGAGCACUGUGUAUGCAAAAAGGUAUUGAUGCUCUUUAUCUCAAAGUAGAGUACCAGGUAUUCUCUAAGGAAUUCCAACAGACUACAUUCCACAGAACCUGCAGCAAAAAGAGCAACAUUAUUGAUUUCUUCGAUGGUUUCUGCUGUAUAACCAUCACAAAAGCCAGGAAUCAAAGAAUUCUCUUCCCUCAAAUCAAAUUACUUCCUUUGGUAAGCUGUCCGAAGCAGUGUUUAUCCUGGAGAACACACUCUAAUACAAUCAACCGUCAAACCUAAAAAAAUCUCCAAUGUCGCAACCGAAAGAAGUGGAAAUGAACACGAUGCACCGGGUUGGCUCGGCCAAUCGGUUUCAGGUCAAUCCGGUAAAUCACGACCAAGGAGACGGUGGUGACCGGGGAGGUGGCGGCGGAGCCAAUGGCCAUGCAGACAUCACCACCGAGGAUGACACGUUUCCGGAGGAGCUGGUUAAACGGCGCACCUCGAGGCUUCAAUCGCUCAGGACCAGCUUCCGGGACAAGGAACGGAAAAACUCACAAACCACCCGGUUUAAGAUGGAAAAUGGGGAUGCGUCCGAUUCCAAUGAGGACGAAGAGGAUAAUCUGAUUGAUGACAAUAAAUACGCCAGGAGCUUCAGGCACUUUACCAGGGAAGCCCUACCACGUGCAGAUAACUAUAGGAACAUCCUCUCCUUCCAAGCAAACAAUCGUCCCACGUUGGAUGAGCUCCAUCAUGCCUCCAUUACGAACAAGGAAACGAUGCGCCGGGGGACGGUGGCCAACGUGGAGCUGGGCGAGACGGAAGGAGUGCUGAAGUUCGGCUGGAUCAAGGGCGUCCUGAUGCGCUGCCUGUUGAACAUUUGGGGCGUGAUGCUGUUCCUGCGGCUGAGUUGGGUCGUGGGCCAGGCAGGUGUCAUUCAGGGGGUGGUUCUUAUAUCGGUUACCACCGUGGUGACGACAAUUACGGCACUUUCGAUGUCGGCCAUCAGUACCAAUGGAGUGAUAAAAGGUGGCGGGACAUAUUACAUGAUUUCGCGCUCACUGGGACCGGAAUUCGGCGGUUCGAUUGGAUUGAUCUUCUCACUUGCCAACGCGGUUGCCUGUGCCAUGUAUGUGGUCGGAUUCUGUGAAUCGAUGACCGAUAUGCUGAAAAGCUUUGGGCUGGAGAUAAUUGAUGGCGGAGUGCAGGACAUUCGCAUUAUUGGUUUGAUAACGAUUGUGAUCCUGCUCGGAAUCGUCGUGAUUGGCAUGGAGUGGGAAGCCAAAGCACAGGUCGUUUUGCUGUUCAUUCUGCUGAUUGCCAUCGCGGACUUUGUCAUUGGAACGUUGAUUGGACCGAAGUCCGAGUUGGACGUUGCCAGAGGCUUUGUCGGAUAUAAUGGAACGCUCCUUCUGGAAAACCUCCAACCCGACUACCGACCGGUGAAGGGCACUCCGCACGACUUCUUCUCGGUAUUUGCCAUCUUCUUCCCGGCUGCAACCGGUAUCCUGGCCGGUGCCAACAUCAGUGGUGAUCUGAAGGAUCCCUCCAAAGCCAUCCCGAAAGGUACCAUAUUGGCCAUCGUCAUUACGUCCGUAUCGUACAUAGGAAUGGCCAUUAUGGCCGGAGCAACCGUGGUUCGUGACGCCACCGGAAACAUCACCGACAUGGCCAACGGAUCGUGGGCUUUUACCGAGUGUGCUCCCGAGGAGUGCGCAUUCGGCCUGCAAAAUUCCUUCCAGGUCAUGGAGAUGGUUUCUGGUUUUGGGCCGAUCAUUUAUGCAGGAUGUUUCGCAGCGACCUUGUCGUCGGCUUUAGCUAGUUUGGUUUCCGCACCGAAGGUUUUCCAGGCUCUGUGUAAGGACAAGUUGUAUCCGAAGAUUGGAUGGUUUGGAAAGGGAUUCGGCAAGAAUAACGAACCUGUUCGGGGAUACAUUUUGACGUUCAUCAUUUCGGUAGCUGUAAUUCUGAUUGGAGAGUUGAAUCUGAUUGCUCCGCUGAUUUCGAACUUCUUCCUUGCUGCGUAUUGUCUGGUGAACUUCAGUACAUUCCACGCCAGUUUAGCCAAGCCCGUUGGUUGGCGACCUACCUUUAAGUAUUAUAACAUGUGGCUCAGUUUGAUCGGUGCCAUUCUGUGUAUUGCCGUAAUGUUCUUGAUUUCUUGGCCGACGGCCUUGAUAACGUUUGCAGUAGUGUUGACUCUCUAUCUCUUCGUAUCCUAUCGCAAACCGGACGUCAACUGGGGUUCGACAACUCAAGCGCAAACCUACAAGAACGCCCUCAUGUCCGUCCAGCAGCUCAACAACGUGGAAGAUCACGUUAAAAACUACCGUCCGCAGAUCUUGGUCAUGUCCGGUCAUCCCAGUAGCAGACCCUUGUUGGUUCACUUCUCCUACCUGUUGACCAAGAACCUGUCACUAAUGGUUUGCGGCCACGUGAACAAAGCUCAGACGUCGCAGAAGUUCCGCAACUACCUGCAACGGAAGGCAACCGACUGGUUCCGCCGGCACAAGGUCAAGGGCUUCUACACCUACGUGGACGAUAAUGAGUUCGAAACGGGAGCCCGGGCGGCGAUGCAGGCCAGCGGAAUCGGUAAGCUGCGUCCCAAUCUGCUGCUGCUCGGCUACAAGAACGACUGGCGGAAGUGCGAUUCGGUGGAGCUGGAGCAGUACUUCAACGUGGUGCACAAGGCACUGGACAUGUACUUAUCGGUGGCAAUUCUGCGGGUUGCCAAGGGGCUGGACUACUCCCAGGUGCUCGGAGAGGAUACGGCGGCGAAGCAGAUUGCCGAAACGCCCCGGACGCUGCUGCAUAAUGAUAGCUCGAAUGAUUUGGCUGGGCAGAACAAGAUCAACUCGCUUCAUGGAAGCUGCGAUUCGUUGAGUCGCAAUAUCUCGCAAGGACCCGAACACAACAAUGUGCACGAGAAGAACGAAAAGAAUCUCAAAGCCAGCAGCACCAGCGAUUUGACCGCCGGAACGCCACGUAUGCAGACCGUGUCCGGAAUGCCCGACCCCAUGGACAUCAAUGCGAAACUUUUGAACGAAACCAACAACCGUUCACUGAAGCGUACCCACAAUGAUCCGGCUCUGCUCUAUCGCGGCCCUGGCGGAGCCGAGCUACCCAAGGAAGUUCUGGAUGAGCUUACACAGUUCACGAGCAAAAAGAAGCACGGCGUCAUCGAUGUAUACUGGCUGUACGACGAUGGCGGUCUAACCCUGUUGCUCCCUUACAUCAUCAGCACCCGGCGCAAUUGGAGUUCUUGUAAAUUACGCGUUUUUGCCCUGGCUAACCGGAAAGCCGAGAUGGAGUUCGAGCAACGGAACAUGGCCAGCCUGUUGGCCAAGUUCCGAAUCGACUAUUCCGAUUUGACGCUGCUGCCGGACGUCAACAAGAAACCGUCCCAAAUGAUGUCCGGUUUCUUCAAGGAACUUAUCCGGGACUUCACCGGCGAAGAUGGUAUUAUUUCCGAUGCGGAGCUUUUGGCAGUACAGGAUAAAACGAAUCGCCAUCUGAACCUGCGCGAGUAUUUACUGGAGCAUUCCAAGAAGUCGGACCUGGUCGUAAUGACCUUGCCGAUGCCCAGGAAGGGUGUCGUCUCGGCCCCCCUCUAUAUGGCCUGGUUGGAAACUUUGAGCCAAGGGCUUCCGCCAUUCCUGUUCGUCCGUGGUAACCAGACCAGUGUACUGACGUUCUAUUCUUAAAACUGGAGAAGCCGUCACGAGUACAAUCUCGGUCCAUUUGCACACUUACAAUACAUUUUAGUUUUCACUUGUAGCAGACGUUCCAGCCAUUAUGCUUCACCUAGCCUUAAUGCCUUUGAAUUGUCGAGACACAGAAACGUACACCCGCAUAACUUAUUUCCAUUAUUAGCGUUUCAUUGAGUUCAUAAUAGUAAGAACAACUUUUCGUAGAGUAUAUGCAUAUGCUAACGGACAAGGAAGAGCGAUUCGUGUCACAUAAAAAGCAAGAAUUUUUAGUACAUUAUGUUUGACAAGUCUUAAAUUGUAAGUUAACAUUAUAAAUAUUUGAUUUUACGUUGUUUUUUUUUGUAAGAUUCAUUUGAAUUCCUCACAAUUUGAUUCGAAAUGAUUUCUAUUUACAUGUAUCAUUUACGCUUCUUUCCGACAAAGAGCGAGGAAAAACAGUAUGCAGAAAAUUAUUCCUCCACACAUCUCUCUCAUCAAUAUCGCAUUUCAUGGUCAAUGCACAAUACUUAUUUUACUUACAUCUUAAGUUAUCAGUGCAUUUCAAUGUUUUUGAUUUUAUAAUUACUUGACAUCAUUUCGAUUUAGUAUUGUCUAAUGCAACAGACGAAAACAUACGUUUCAUUAUUACUAAGAAAUUUAGAAAAUAAAACGAGAGUUAAACUCUCUGGUGCCGAAUCAAAGCUAUUAUUUAUGAUUAUAUACAAUGAAGAGCUAGUGAGAGUCACAAAAAUGCUCCAUGAUGUGAAAAUCGUACGACCAGAACGUAGUUUGUCAAGGACAGAACCCUUUUCUUAAAAAUGAUAUUGAUAGUGAAAAUGUUAUAAGCUGUAAAAAAAUCCGGAGCAAGUUAUUUUAAAUCUGUAAUUUUUUUAUUGCUUUUAUGUUUCAAUAAGUUACAUCAUCACGGGCAAAUAGAACCAAUCGUGAAGAAGCGAAAGACACAUUUCCAGUAUUAAAUAAAAUAAACCUUGUUUUGGAACGUAA